CUCGUGUUUCCGGUAGCACUUGAAGGCAGCAGUAGCGUUUGCUGGACUCGUGCUGAGCAGAAAAGCGUCCCCCCUGAACACAACAAUGAGUGUAAAGAAAAGCAUGUUCGGCUAGUUUGAAUUGAAGUUUACUUCAGUGAAACUGCCCGUAAUAUUCACUACAUGUGCUCAUUGGGUUUCCAAAAGCACAGCAUUAAAUGGAGCUGGAGGAUCAAUGGUGGAGAGGACAGCUGGCUGCAGAUAUGUACCAGGCGCUACGGGUCAAAGAGCUCAAGUUACCAUCCUACAAAGGCCAGUCCCCUCAGCUGAACUUGAGGCGAUACUUUGCGGACCUCAUAGCCCUGGUCAGCAACCGCUUCAGACUGUGUCCUGCAGCCCGACACCUGGCCGUCUACCUGCUGGACCUCUUCAUGGACCGCUACGACAUCACUGUGCAGCAGCUUCACAUGGUCUCACUCGCAUGUCUUCUGUUGGCGAGUAAAUUUGAGGAAACGGAGGACAGGGUUCCGAAGCUGGACACCCUGAACAGCCUGGGCUGCAUGAGCUCCAUGAACCUGGUCCUGACCAAGCAGGGUUUACUACACAUGGAGCUGCUCCUGCUCGAAACCUUCCAGUGGAACCUGUACCUCCCCACAGCCGCUCAUUUCAUAGAGUACUACCUGUCCAUCGCUGUCCACGAGGGAGACCUCCAUGACGGCUGGCCCAUGACCUGCCUGGAGAAGACUAGAUUAUACAUGGCCAAGUACGCUGAUUAUUUCCUGGAGGUUUCCUUGCAGGAUCAUGUGUUUUUGUGUUUUGCCCCCUCACUGGUGGCUGCUGCCUGUGUGGCGGCCUCCCGCCUCAUCCUCCACCUGUCGCCCACGUGGCCCCCCCGACUGCAGCACCUCACAGGAUACACAUGGGACAACCUGGUCCCAUGUGCAGAGAAACUUCUCAAUGCACAUGACAGUGACGUCAAAGAGGCCAACAAGCAGAAGAGCCAGCAGCAGCAGCAGCAGAUGUUGUACCACAGUUCAGGCCAGACAGCCACUGUGGCCCAGUACCUGCACCCGCCCAGCAUGCAGUACCCCCAGCAGGCUAACCACAGGCCCGCCUCCUACCUCAGCCACUCCACCGCCGGCCUGCAGGCUCCGAACAGGCAACACCCAGGCCAUCACUGCCUCGCUGGAUCCAGCAUCACUAACAGGGCUUACCAAGUCAGCAUGCCCUAUAACUCCCAUGCACAUGACAGUGAUGUCAAAGAGGCCAACAAGCAGCAGAGCCAGCAGCAGCUGGCCAGCAGCAGCAGCAGCAGAUGCUGUACCACAGUUCAGGCCAGACAGCCACUGUGGCCCAGUACCCGCACCCGUCCAGCAUGCAGUACCCCCAGCAGGCUAACCACAGGCCCGCCUCCUACCUCAGCCACUCCACCGCCGGCCUGCAGGCUCCGAACGGCAACACCCAGGCCAUGCACUGCCUCGCUGGAUCCAGCAUCACUAACGGGGCUUAGCAAGUCGGCGUGCCCUACACCUUCGCUCCUCCGUGCUUCGACAGAUGAUGCAGUUUCAGGAUUUGGUCAUUUUUGGGGAGGAGGUGAUGUGUUUCUCAUGAACACAACAGAGUACACGUGUUUUUAAUUUGAAGAGACUCGGUGAGAUCGGUGCAGCACUUUGAACCAUAAGGUGUACGCGAUGUGCAAUAUGCAUACUCUGCUGUCAUUUUCUGUGGAGAGCCUGCAUGAGGGAUAUUUUUUGUUUUUGUUUUCAAGAUGUUUGAGAUAUCAGGAGUGAAUGUUGUUGUGAGGUGACUAGAGGCAGAGUUUGCACCACUGUUCCCCACUAGUGUUACUGUAUAAUUUAGCUACAGACCAAAAGUCUUGUAUUUAAUUAAGCCAAAGUACCUCAGAAGUAUUGAACGUGUUUACCUUGUGUCUGUAGUCUGUAUGAUGACUGCUGUGCUGAGUUAAAAAGGCAGUAACAAAGGGAUUUAGGUCGGUUUGUGGUUGAGAUAAGGAAGCACAGUUUGUGUUGGUGGUCUGUGCCUUGAAAGUUUUUUUUGUUGUUGUUCUGUUUUGAUGAGUGCGAUUUGUAAAACUAGAAAAGAAUAUUCUCCUCUAGAUGUCACAAUUUAUUUGCUCUUCUGUACACAGAGAAUUUCAGUCAGUGCUGUGCACUUCUACUAUGAUAGUUUUAAAUAAAAUACAAAUCUGCGUUA